CUUUUUUUAAUUUAUAACAGCUGCACGUAAAUAUCUUUUUAUGCAGUUCUAAAUGGCAAAUGUGUCACAAGAUAAUAUGAAUGUUGAAGUGAUUCCAAAGGAAGAAAGUUCUUCAGCUGAUACUAUGGAUCAGCAUCCUGAGACUAUCAUUGCUCCCACUAUUGAGAUUCUUACUAAUGAUCCUAACGAGACUUCACUUAGUGUAAAAGAUACUACCACAUUAAUAGCAGUAGAAACUAUCACUAUUCCUGAUGACGUUCCCUUCAACAAUAAUCAUACUAUAGAUGUUAAAGCUACUACUAAAAACGAUAUGAAGACAACUGAAGCUACUAAAGUAACAUCUAUUCAGCGUUUAAGUGCAGCCUAUAACAAGGCUAGAAGAUCAAUAGUUGAUAUUCAAAAAACUUUUAAUGAAAAGAUACAUUCUAGUACAGUAAACAUAACUGCUGCAGAUAAUAAUAGAUCUACGACAAAGAUAGCAUCAUUCAUACCAACAGUAAGAGAUCAAGUGGCCAAUAAUGAAACAAGAUCAAAUGGCGCUACACUUGGAAAUUUUAUAGUUAAAAUUAAGAGUUUUAGCAAGUUAUCUGAUCCAAAUACAAAUGCAGAAAAUAAUCUUAUUCCUCCCAUUAUUGAUUCAGUUCCUCCUAUUCCACCUCCUAAAGAUAACAUUCAACAAAAACAGUUGCAUCCUUCAGCUUCAGGAAGCUCUACUGUGAAUCAACCUAAACGUAACUCAACUUUACUUUCAAGCUACUUUUCACAAAAGAAGAAAGAAAUAGGAGAAGAGCAACAGACUGCUACUCCUGAAGCUAUUCAUGGUACAACAGGUUUUCUUUUCUUUUAUUUUUUUUUAAUGUAACGAUACUAAUUUUAUUUCGUUUUAAAUUAUGUACAGAAAAACCUUCUCCUUUUAUUCGCCAACUUACUAAAUUAGUUCGAAGCACUACAGCAAGUAUUAAAAGAACCUAAUUAUUCCAAGAAUAAUUUAUAAAUUUAAUAUUAUUACAAUGAACUCUUUAUGAUUAUUACUCUUAUUGAUCAAUACAGUACUUUUAUACCAAAAGAUUAAAU